CUCGCGAAAGUGUCAAGAAGCCCGCCAAGUGGAUAGAGAGACUCGAUCGCUGAACCGACCACAAUGGGUACCAACCACGGUCUGCUGUUCCUAGGCAUCGUGUUUGUGCACGCGGCUUGCGUUUUCGCCGGCGUGCCGGAUUGGAUACCACCUGAAGUAAUCGACAUGGUACAAGACGACAAGAAUCGCUGCAUGGCCGAGCACGGGACACAGGAAGCGGAGAUCGCCGAGGUUCAGGCCGGCAGGAUAACGUCGGCUAGAUCGAUCACGUGCUACAUGUACUGCCUGCUGGAGGCGUUCAGUUUGGUCGAUGACGAGGGUAACUUGGAAAGCGACAUGUUGAUGGGACUACUGCCAGAGAACUUACAGGACACAGCGGAGAGCGUAUUGGCAAAAUGCACCCCGGCAGCCGGCGCCGAUCCAUGCGAGAAGAUCUACAAUCUAGCUGUUUGUGUGUAUAACACUGUACCAGACUUGUGGUUCGUCGUCUAAAUCGGGCGGAGGAUCUUCUUUCGAAGCUGCGAGGCGGCACGUUCAUCGGACCAACGGAGGAAGAACUUGAAUUGAGAAACGAGACAGAACGAAGCUAUCCCCUUCCCCCGUACCUUCCAAUUGGCAAAACUGAUGUACCAUCAGCGCACAAACGAUCGCAUCAACGAAGCGAACCAGUUCUGUAUGAUUCGUGUACAGGUACCAUAAACGUAGUUCACCUAAGAUAAGAAUUAACUCCCGGCCCAGUUCCUAAGAACGGACGAACAACCCAAACGAACUGUAAAUUUCAAUCCUCGAAACGAUAGAAAUAUAAUACUA